GCGCUGGUCCUCUCGUGCGUCAUCAUAGGGCGCCCGCCGCCCUGGAGCGGGCCGUGGCCGGCUGCUGCCGCCUCUGCUGCCGGCUCCGCGGCCCGCACUGGGGCCGUGUGAGGGAUUCGCCAGGCCGCUUCCCCGUCCUCCUCGCUGAGGGGCUGCUAGGGAAGGGCAUGUGUCUGUCCGGCCCGCCGCCGGGCGCGGGUGGGCCUUGCGGCCCCCGCCGGCCCUUGCCUGGACUUCCUCACGAGUCCUAGGCGUUCUUUGGGGGCGCUAAAGCGGGUGUCCGAGUGUAGCCUUCGGUGUUAAUGGCUCCAUUAAAGGUGUUCGUCUUCAUUCUGACUUCUAAAAGCGCUGAAUGCUUACAAGGUCUCCAUCUGAAGAUGGCAUUGAAAACCUUCCUUGUGAACUGCAAAGGAACUUCCAGCUGAUGCGUGAAUUGGAUCAGAGAACAGAAGAUAAGAAGGCAGAAAUUGACAGUCUUGCAGCAGAAUACAUCGAAUCGGUGAAGAACAUGUUGCCUGAGGAGCGAGUAGAACACCUGAAGAAAAUUCAGAGUGCUUACAGCAAGUGUAAAGAGUACAGCGAUGAUAAAGUACAACUGGCCAUGCAGACCUAUGAGAUGGUAGAUAAGCAUAUCCGCCGGCUGGAUGCAGACUUGGCACGGUUUGAAGCAGAUCUGAAAGAUAAACUGGAAGUCAGUGAUUUUGAAAACUCAGGAGCACGAGGCCUGAAAAAAGGACGAAGUCAGAAAGACAAAAGAGGCUCUCGGGGUCGAGGCAGACGAAUAUCUGAAGAGGAUACACCAAAGAAAAAGAAACUCAAAGCAGGAUCUGAGUUUGCUGAUACCAUCCUGUCGGUGCAUCCCUCAGAUGUCUUAGACAUGCCAGUGGAUCCCAAUGAACCUACCUACUGCUUGUGUCACCAGGUGUCAUAUGGAGAAAUGAUUGGCUGUGACAACCCAGAUUGCCCAAUUGAAUGGUUCCACUUUGCUUGUGUGGACCUCACCACCAAACCAAAAGGGAAAUGGUUUUGUCCACGUUGUGUUCAGGAGAGAAAGAAAAAGAAGUAAGGAGUACAGAGAAUACAUCCUCUGAGGCAAGAAGAGUUUAACGUAUUCUUUCCUUCAUGUUGCAAUAUUAUCCUUGAUUUUCUUUAACCUACCCUCCUUCUUGUUCUGAUCUGAUAUUUAAUUGUCUAGUGGCCAGUUGUAAUUCCUGUUCUUUCAUAAGGACUUUGGGAGGGAGGGAAUUUGCCACAGUGAUUUUAUUUAUGUUACACUUGCACAGCACUGAAAUCUGUGUUACUAUGAAGUGCUAGGGCAGCCUGUAGCUGUAACUUUUACUAGUUUUAUAGGAGUCUGUGAAACCACAUAAGGCACUGCAGGGGAAUGAGACAGCUGUAUCUUCAGUGUGGUCCAUCACUAUCAUCAAAAUAGUGUCGGCCUGGAGCUUAGCGUGAUGGGGAAGGAGGACUUUUCUGUAACUGUUGCCUGCACGCAAGAAUUAUGCUGUUUUUCAGGCAUGAAGUCCAUUUGUUGUGCAGUUUGGUAGUAUUGAAAGGAACAAGAAAGUUGGUUAACUAUUUCCAGUGUCCAUUUUCUCAAAGCCAAGUACUGUGUUUAGUUUUGAGAAGGCAUGGGGGGAAUGUGUUUCUGUGUGUACGUGUGUGUGCGUGCACACUAGAAAGAAUUCUUUUGGGAGUCACUUCCAUCUAACUUUGCACUGCCAUUACUUGACUUGAUCAUGCCCAAUCACAUUAAAUGAACAGGAGCAAGCCAUUUGAGUUUUUACCUCCUUCCAUAAAAGGCUUUUCUCUUCUGUGGGAAAACAUUAAAAAUAUCAAAGGAAUUGUCCUGUAGUGCUUCUUAGUGGCAGUAGGAGAGAGAGAGAAAGGGAGAGAGUGACUGAUCUGUCCUGUCUGUUUCCUAUUUCUCUGGAAGUCUUUUUAAGUUUGUUACUGUGAAGAUGAAAACAAGAGUAUUGUUAUAGAGAUAGAGGGUCUGAUUUAUUCAUAACAUAAGAUGAAGGCCUGUUUUUUUUUCUUUUCUUUUUGGUUUUUUGGUUUUUGUUACUUGUGUAUGCCUGUGUUGCACCUCAGUAAAUCAGGAAACAAGUUUUAACAGAAGACUAUUAAAGGAAGAUGCAUAGAUUCUUCUGAUGGUGCAGCAAGGCUGAAAGGGAGGCAAUGUGGUGGUAGUUGUUUUUUUUUUCUUUUUUUUAAAUAGCAUUUGCUAUGAACCACUCCUAUUAAAAAAGAAGGUCACUCACCAGGAAUGUUUUAAAAUGACUUGUCUUUUCUGGUGGAGGCACAUUUGCCUGUUCUUGACUAUUUUAAGCUGCUUUUCAGUUUGUAAAUGUGAAUCCUUGCUAUCAUCACAGUGUCACUCGCGGCAGUGAAAGGAAGAGAGGGAAAUCAGGAAUACAAAAAUAAGUCUUUCUCUUUUUUUCCUUCUUUUGAGUUAUAGUGGAUGCAGGAGUUGAGGGAAGACCAAAGAUGACACUCACCUUUGUAUAUCCUGUAUUCUGGAGCUUUGCUGCCUACAGCAGAAGGAGAUGUUGUGGGGAAAGGUUUUCUGCCAGGGAAAAAAAAAGUAGUCUGCAGCAGUAUAGACCAGGGUUCAUGAACUUUGAUGUCUGUGACCCGUGAUAAGUGUUCGUGGCAGCUCUGUGCUAGGCUGUGCACUAGUUUGCUUGCCAUUGUGCAGGAACUCUUGAUAUAGACUGUUGGAAAGGCAUUAAGAGGUUUCCAGAUAAGCUUUUGUUCUGCUUUAAAAACAAUCCGAGUAAAGAAUAUAGAAGAAAAACACUUCUAGUCGGAUUUCAGAACCGGCUUCCAGAACAAAAGGUUUUUUUUUUUUUUCUGUUAGCUACCUUCAUGUGAAAGAAAGUAGAACACAGCUCUUGCCAAUUUUCCUUUCUUGCUUUUGGUUUGUCGUACUUUGUAGAUGCUGCAGGUAUAUCAGAACUGUCAUAAAAGAAAACUUUUGCUACUGAUACAGGUUUUCUGUGAACAUGUUCUGGACUAUUGUAUCUGCUAUAGGAAAAAAUUGUCUCCCGGGUCCUUUCAUUUAAAGUGUGAUGUUGUACAUGUCUUCAUUAUGUUGCAUCACUCCACAUGUUGUAUAUGAAGUUUCCAUAGUUAUGUUUACAAGAUUAUGUUCAUUUGUCAUUGUUAUCAUUGUAAAAGCGUACCAAAAGCACACACACAAAUUAAAGGCGAUUGCUGUUGAGAAGGGGAAGAAAAAGCACAGUCACACAAACCUGAACUUAGAAAUACAGUCGGCCCUCUUUUUCCUUCUGCCUGUGUAUGAAAGGAAUCAUGAUACCUCAUGAACCAGCUUUUAAUUCAGUAACCAGUGAGUAAGACCUGUACCUCAUUAACCUGUUACACUGGAUUAAUGUAGGAGUGUCACUGUGUCCUGAAGACUAGUGUUGAUGCUGUUUCAGAUUUUAUUUUCCCCUUCCAUCCAAUGAUCCUCUAUACAACUUUUUUUUUUGAGGGCUUUAAUAAUAGUGGUUAAGCAUUGGAUUUAAAGCGUUCGAUUUAAAUCGAUCUCAAAAUUAUAUUGCACCUCUUUGGAGGUGUUGCUGGAAACACACUGUUGUGGAAAUUGGCAGCUAUGGAUGAAUAAGUGCAAAGCCGACUGCCCUAAACUCAGAAAAGAUGGUCAGUCAGGACAGCAAAAUAUAUUUUGUCAGCAGUUCUUUUUGUGGCUCAGAACAGAUGUUUUCCAUUUUAACCAGCAAAGAGGAAAAAAAAACAAAAAUAACUAACACCCUGGAAGUUAGCAGCAGUCCUUAAGGAUACUUUCCUGGGUAUCAGAAACAGUGUGAGGUAAAAACAUACUCUUCUUCGCAGCAUAACGUCUCAGAUAUGUCAGGCCAUCUGAACUGAUAUGAGCAAUAAACUCCUAUUCAGGACAUAUCAGCACGGAGGCUCUACCAGUUGUCACAGGCUCGAGAGCGUUUGUUGGCCAUUUACAUUUGGGUUUAGAGAUUUUUGGCUCUAUUUUAAGUGGAAAUACCAAUGGCCUUCAUUUUUGGUCACUAAAGCAUUGAAAUCUUUCUCCUGAAUUUUGAAUGUACAGUGUUAAAUAUAUUUUUAUGGAGAAGGAUGAACAAGACUGUGAUAUGUAAAGGAAUGUUCCACUAAAGAUUGUCAAGACACCUAAAUAUUUUUGUGGUGUUCAGCUUUAUUGCAAUUCAUCCAAACUGGACGUGAAACAACUUUUAACCUGAUUGUUUUAUUUUUUAAAGGAAUUAGAUCUAUGUUCCCUUUGUAAAUGGAAGAGAAUAUAAAUCUUUUUAUUAAAAAAGAAAAAAGUAAAAAUGUAUAUCUGUAUUUUUGGAUCAUGCCACAGAUAAUGGAUAUAUUGUUAUAAAUAAAAUAUUUUUGGGAA